AUGUCCCUCCCAGGAACAGAGACUAUCCGAUUCCGACGACCCACGACCGGUCCCAAUGCCCAGAAGGCAGCUGAAGAACCUAAGAAAGAUGAAUUCGGUUCGAUGGCUCCAUUGGGAUUUAAGAAGAGACAUCAAGGGUUAUUACAGGAUCAAGUCGGACGUAAUCGACCUGGUCCAUUCGUGCCUACAUUAUCAUACGCUUUCAGAUUAUUAUGGUUAAUCAGAACUGUAGCUGCCAUGUACGCUGUUAUAUCAGAUUGUGACGAGGUGUUCAAUUUCUUCGAACCAUUACAUUACUUUCAGUACAACUCCGGAUUUCAAACUUGGGAAUUAUCACCCGAAUUCGCUAUUCGAUCAUGGACUUAUGUAUUGUUACAUUGGCCUUUAGCACAUAUCAUACCGAAAGUACUGAGUGUGGGAAAGCGACCAGCUUUCUUCGCUUUGAGAAUAUCACUAGGAGCCAUCUGCUCUUUCUGCGAAGCUAAAUUCUUCAGAACAGUAGUGGAAACUAUCAAUGAUAGAGUAGCGAGAUAUUUGUUGUUCGGAUUGAUGUUGAGUGCUGGAAUGUGGACUGCUAGUGUUGCCUUCCUACCAUCAUCAUUCUGCAUGUACACCACAAUGAUCGCCUCAUCAUACUGGUUCCACCCAGCUACAUCCACACCGACAGGUAUCAAACGGGCUUAUAUCGCUACGUUCGCUUUUGCCGUAGGAGCAAUUGUAGGAUGGCCUUUCAGUGCUGCUUUAGGUAUUCCCUUUGUGCUCGAGCAGCUGUUUUUGACUGGCGGUGAAGUGGUCUUACCUGCUCAGAAAGGUAAUUGGAUGACAAAGAGAUGGGAGAAUUUGGGUAAAGCUAUUGGGUUGGCAGCUGGAAUUGCUAUCCCCGUCUCAAUGAUCGAUUCCUGGGCAUAUGGACGAUCCACCUUCCCCACACUCAACAUCAUCACCUACAACCUCUUCUCAGGGAACGGACCUGACCUAUACGGUACUUCACCAGCUUCAUUCUACUUUGCCAACCUCUUCCUCAGCUUCAACUUCCUCCUGCCUCUUGCGCUCAUCUCCCUACCCGCUCUGGCGAUCACCUACAAAUUCGAUUAUAGAAGAUUGGGUAAGACUCAACAGAAACCUAAAGAAGGUGAAACUUCACCAUACACCCUCUUAGCAGUUAGACUAUCACCUUUCUAUCUCUGGUUAGCGAUCUUGACGGCUCAAGCUCACAAGGAAGAGAGAUUCAUGUUCCCCGCUUAUCCAUUGUUGUGUUUCAAUGCGGCUGUGACGAUCUAUUUGAUUCGAGGAUGGAUCGAAACUUAUUAUAUCCAUGUGACGAACUCACCUUAUAAUGCAAGUCGCUCAUCGAUUUUCUCCAUAUUCACCCUCCUUGCCGUCCUUAUCCCAGGCGCAAUCUCAUUUUUCAGAGUAGGAGGGAGUCUGUACUUCUAUCAUGCUCCAUUCGACAUCGUUCAUCAUUUCCAAUACAAAUCUAUACCUUCGUAUCUUAGCGAAUUGGGAUAUGAACCUAUCCCUUUACCUGAUAACUAUCAACCGUAUGGAAAUGAAAUCCCUAAACCACAAUGGGACUUGACCCCAUUGAAGAACUUGGAAAAUCCCAUAACGCUCUGUUAUGGUACGGAAUGGUAUAGAUACCCUUCGAGUUACCUUGUACCUGAAGGAGUGAGGGUCAGAUGGAUCAAAACGGAUUUCGAUGGGAUGAUGCCUCGACCUUGGGAACCAUCCAACACGACUGGGACGGUUUGGCCGAGAUCUGAGACUAGAGUGAUCCAGGAGGGAAAAUUCAAUGGGGAGAAUAAAGCUUCUGAAGUACCUGGGACUUAUGUGGAUUCAUCCGAAUGUACAUAUCUCGUCUCGCUCACUCUUCUUUCGACCACCCAUACGCAGCUCGAACAGAAUUGGGCAGAGAAACCAGAAUGGGAAGAGGAGUAUUGCAAAGGAUUCUUGGACGCUGCUAGUACGAAAUGGUGGGCUAGGUUGGUGUGGUUACCUGGUGGAUUGCUGGAGAAGGGAAGGGUAUGGGGUGAUUAUUGUUUGUUGAGGAGGAAGGCGGAGUGA